GAGAAAAAAGCUCACCGCAGCCGCAGAGAGUCGCUCGCUCACCUCUUCGCAGGCUAUUUGCGCGUUUUCAGUCGCACAAGUCAAACAAGUCACGGCAAGAGAGUACGCAGCAGCAGCAGCCGCAGCGUGCCAUUGAAAGCAGCAAUAGUGGUGAACGUGCAGGGCGAAGGAAGCAAAAAUAAAAGCAUUCACUCCCCCCCUACACUAUCCCAAUCACGGUCAACGUGAACCAUGUGUACGCGUGUGUGUUUGCUUGGUUGGUGUUGAUUACGGUGUGUGAAAGUGUGCUAUCAAAACACCCACGUACGACACGGCAGCGAUGAGGCGACCAGCGGCGGGCAGCAUCAGCAAUCCGUACGAAUCGCUACGGGGAUAAAGAUAUUUCUGUGUGCGUGUCGAAUCUAUUGUUCUAAUCGUGCAGUUGUGUUUUUAUGUGAAGCGAAAAGUAAAGAAAGAGCCAGAGCGAGCGUUUGUGUGCGUGCGUGCGUGUAACGGUGCAAAUCUGUCAGAAGGAAAAAAGAAAAAGAAAAACAACAACCGCCGGAGUAAAAGCAGCAGCUGAGCAGAUUAGCAGCAGUAGCGAAAUCCAGUGUUGUAAUCCCAGUGAUUGUGUGUGUGCGUGUUCUGUAAAUGUGUGUGUGCAUGUAUGUGUGCGCAUAUGCGUGAAAUAAAAGGCAUUGUGCUUGUGUUUGUGUGUACAUCGGUAGUGUUUGAUGGAAGGAGCAAAAGCUAAAGAGCGCUAAAGCAAGAGCGAGAAAGAGCAAGCGAGCAGCAGCUGCGCCACACGGAGAGCAAAAGAGCGUAGAGUCUAAUUUUUCGAAAAGUGUACACAAAGCAGCGCCCGUGCAGGCAACCAGCCAGCCAACCUUUUUAUUGUAUGUCAUUCCCGGCCCGUCACACAAUCUGCCGCAGAUAAGGAAUACAAAUAUAAAUUUAUUGUUCAACACGACAAAAAUAGUGAGCGCAAAAAUUGGAAAACCUCCUCACACGACGACGACGACGACGGUGUUGUGCGUGCGUGCAGCUGUGUGCAUUGGUGUGGAUAUAAAUAUAUGUGUAAGUGCGUUUGUGUGCGUUCGUGCGUGCGUGCGAGCAGCUAAAGCGAAAGAGCGUGUGUGCAUGUGUACGUGCUCUCUCUCUCUCUCCCACUCGAGAGGUUAAUCGUUUGUCGUCAGCCAUGUGCCAUUGCGCUAAAUGUUGCUGCUAUUGCUGUCGUAUUAUUAAAAAUAAAACCGUGUCAUCUCCGUGCCGUUGUUGAUCGGUGCGAUCGUGCAUAUACGUGUAUUCCAUUGUGUGUGCGUGCGUAGCUGUGUGUGAGCGUAUUCGACAUAUGCACAACCGAGUGCGUGCCGUGCAGGGUGGUGCUUAAAGAAGGUCGAUCCGUGCUUCAUCACACACUCACAGUCGGUGUUGGUUUCGGUGGUGUUUUCAUUUUUGGUAAAGCAGCAACACACACACACACACAUACUCCCGUGACGCCACCAAACCACAUUGCAGCAGCACGGCAACCCCACGGUCCGCCCCCGGCGGUGGUGGCAGCGGACAGGAAUGUGCAGCAAAUUCGCGCCCGAACCCAGCCGUCGUCCUCCAGCCCGCAGCCGACAAGUCCGACGACCAUGGGAAAGUCCAAGUUUCCCGGCAAACCGUCGCGUUUGGUGAACAAGAAGCGCGUCUCGGUCCUGUCGCCAGCCGGACUCACGUUGAGCGAUGAGGACAAUCAGGAGAACAACGGCCAACAGGCACAGCAGCAACAGCAAGGAGCUGGCAAUAGCGCAUCAGCUGCUGCCGUUGCUGCCAGCAGUAGCACAGUGGGAACGUCGCCUGCUUCGACCGCCUCGUCAUCAACGGUUUCUAUGCGAACGAGCGAGAAGCUUUCCUCGUUCGCUCAGCGCAAAGAGCAGCAGCAACAACACACAGCAUCAUCUGUGACCGGAGCUGGAACGAAAGGGUCGAAAGCUACAGUGACAAGCAACGGCCACAACUCCGCUGCUGGCACAACCGUGUCGUCCUCGCAGUCAUCAUCGGCAGAGAAUGGAACCGGCAGAAGAAAUGGCAGUGAUAAACAUACGGCAGGAGCUGCAGUAUCAAAGGAUGGCGCCAGCGAGAACAACGAGACCGAAAACGGUGGAGAUGAUAACGAUGAGCCCGACCACAACAACGGCGACGAAAAUGAGGACGACGAAGAGGAGGAAGACGACGACGAGGAGGACGAUGAUGACGAUGACGACGAGGAGGAAGAUGACGACGACGAGGAGGAGGAGGAGGAGGAGGAUGACGACGACGAUGAGGAGGAAGAGGACAAUGAGGAGUUGGCGGUCGGUGGGGUAGGUGCCGGGGAUGAGUCAACCGCAACCGGCAGCAGUAGCUCCACAGCGACAGCAACAACGUCCUCCAACGCCGUAUCAUCGACAGCGGCGGCAACCACAUCAACCCCGGUCACCAUUAGCGGCACGAGUGAGGUUAGGUCAGCCGUCGGAAACGGCCAACAGCAGUCAUCAUCGCAGCAGCAGCACCAAUCGACGAUGCAAAGCAGCAGUAGUAGCGCACGAAGCGAGAAGCUACCAGCCACCGGAAAUGGGUUCGAAAUGAAACCAUCCACCCUAACGUCGGCACUGGCGCGUCGAUGUCCUCCCGGUGUGGCAUCAUCCGGUCGCGUCAGUCGACAGCAGUCACCGUCCUGCGAACCAGCGGCAUCGCUCAGUGCCGCCAGCAGCGAAAGUGCAAACAGUAAUCCCAGUACUGCCGGUAGCAGCGCGACGACCGUCCGCGUCCACAAGGCGGAAGCGUCGAUAGAGCAAGCGACAACCAUUGCUGACGGCACCGGAAGCUCUGCCGAGGCCACGUCGGCAGCCGCGACGGCGGCGGCGGCGGCGACGCUGAUGGGGACGAAACCGCCAAACGCGGCGUUAGCCACGCCGGCGGCCGCCAGUGUCGCACCGGUGAAGAAGAAAAGUGUCACGUUUCACACCACGCUCGAGACGACGGACGAGAACAUCGUGAAGAAGGUGUACAACCCCGACACGGUUCCGCUGCCAUCGAUCAUCAAGAAGGAAUGUCUCGCCCGGCCGAUCCGGCUGAAAAAGAGCUUUAAUCGGAAGAUGAAGAAGCGGCUGCAGCGAGCGGUCGCGGCGGCAGCAGCCGCCAGUGCAGCCGCAUCCGCCUCGGCCAGCGUAUCCGGCGGGAGCAAAGCGAUGGAAUGUCUCGUGCGACCAUCCCGGCUAACGGAGAUAGUGUUGAAAUCGAGCAGCAAAUCGUCGUCCGCAGUUGGUGGUACGCUCGAACGAAACAGUGGCUCUGUCGGGGGACUUGGCUUUGGACUGAAAGCUUCCGAGGGAGCGAAAUCGGGUGUAUCGUUUGGUGCGACGGGUGAGCCCACCACCGCACAGUCGGCACCUGCUUCCACCACGGACGGGGGUGAUAUGGUUGGCCGGAAUUUGGAAAGCGGUGGCACGCAGUUCGGCGAUAAGCGAUUCAUUCUGCCGAAGCGAAGCGUUCAUUCUAGUCGUGUGAUAAAACCGAACAAACGGUUCCUGGAUGAGUUUGAGCUGGAGAUUAAGAAGAAGAACAAAAAUUUGGCAGCAGCCGCUGCAAUUGCUGCUGCGGCUGCUGCAGCAGGCACGGGCAGCGGCGUCCCCGGGGCGGGAGUUUCAUCAAACUCCUCAGCAGCAGGAGCCGGGUUUGGAGUGUUGGGUCCGGCUGGAGAAGCUGGCGGUUCCAAUGGAACAGGCAACGAAGGUGACUGUGCCACCGGCGAUGAUACGAGAAGGAAGAAGGACAAAAAGAAAGGCGACGAAUCGACUGGGUCGAUAGGGUCGUCCGAAAAGACUUCUACCAACGCUCAUCCCCACAAUGACCAACGGCCGGAUAGAAGCCCGCCCGGUGACCGUACGUUAAUGACGCCCAUCAGUAUUAACCCAUUCGCAAAGACAUCACUCACGGACGGUCCGCUGGUGCCGGGCACCAACAAGUGCUCUGGUUCGAAGCUCGUUAAACCAUCGCAACUCUCACCGGCGAUCGCCUCCUCAACGCUCGGUUCUUCAACCACCAGCACAACGAAUCUCGCGGCAGCGGCCUCCAUCUUCGGCAAAGGCAUUCUCCGCCAGCCAAGACUUCAGUUCGCCACCUCGCUGCUCAACAGCGCCGGCAGCAGCAACCACAUCGGAGCUAGCAAUGGCGGCACCACACUAAGCAGUAUUACUUCCAGCAACUCCAACUCUCAGUCCGUGCCAUCAAGCACUCCAAAUUCGGCGUCGGCGACAGGAUCGGCUACCGGUGCAACGCUCGGUACCGGCAACGGAGCGGUCGAAGGUCUCUUUACGAUGCACCUGAAGGCGAAAGCAAAGCUCGACUCGGCGAAGCUGUUCUCGGCUGCGCUCGGCGUUGGCAACGGUUCGUCCACCGUGCAGACAGGCUCGAACAAUUCGGCCUCCGCUGCCUGCUGUAUCUGCAGUAUUCCAGUAAACACGCGAUACUACGCGCAACCGACGAAAAAGUACGGUGUUAGCUGCUGUGAUGUGUGUCGGAAGUUUAUCUCGAAGAUGGUGAAGAAGCUAGCAACGGGAAGCUUGAUCAGUCCGAGCCAGUCAGGCGCAGGAGCGGAAGUUACUAUGCUUAAGUGUAAAAAUGAGGGCAAGUGUCUCAUCACACCACCAUCUCUGUUGGUGCGCCCGGACUCAGUCAAAACCAGGCACAUCUUCAAGGAACGGUGUCAUGCGUGCUGGUUGCGCAAGUGUCUUGGUAGUUUCCAACUGCCACCGGUGCUGAAGAUUCGUUUGGGUCAAACGCUACCGCUCACGAUGCGAACGUUCGAGCCUCCGGUUAGUGGAUCGCCAGGAUGCGUCGGUACGCUGAAGAAGGAUCCCUCCACCGAGGGAAAUCUGUUCGCGAACAGCAUUGCCGAGCAUGGGCCAACGAACGGUACUUCGCGUAUUCUGUGGAACAGUGGUGAUAAGAAAUCGGGCAGUUUGGCAGAAGGUUUCAACAAGUCGUUCAAUCCAUUCCUGGCGCUGCAUAUUAAUCCACUCUCGCAGAACAAUAACACGUUUGGCAGUGUGCCGCAGAUAAAGCUGAACCUUGGUGGUAAUGAACGCAGCAGCAUCAUGGCGGCAAGUCCAAGCAGCUCCUCUGGAGCAAGUUCCUCCGGAGGUAAGAGUCCCUCUGCUUCAAAGGAAGAUAUUUUCACGUCAAACGAACCACGAAAAGAGAAGGACAGCGUGAUGAAGGUCGAAGAUCCGUCGACGGUAGUUCCUGCCAGUGCUCGAAAGGACAUCAAAGAGGAGCAGGAUAAUAGCCCCGUUAAACCUCCACGCACUAGGAGUAAAUCGGAGGCGAACAGCAGUACCCAUCAUCAAGUUGACGCAACAGCCUCGGUGGAAACGAAAACGGAAAAUGUCGCUACUUCAACCAGUUCGAAUGCGUCUCAGUCAACUACCCCCAGUGCCGGUCCGCAAACGGCGACCGGAGCAAAUCAAACAGCAGCGACAGACAAACGGCAACGAAUCGAUCUCAAGGGUCCUCGAGUGAAGCACGUUUGCCGAAGUGCGUCCAUCGUGCUUGGACAACCGUUGGCCACCUUCCCCGAGGAUGGUUCGGUUGGAUCGCCCAGUGGAGGAGCGCUCGAAAACAUCGAAACUCCACCCAGCGAUAGUGCGGCUGAACCGGCGGAAGAUCUUCCGCUUAUGGACAGAGAGCGGCGCGCGUCGAAGUCGACGGGUAAGCAGGAUUGCAGCGAUUGUAUUGAUCCAACGGUGGCCCUAUCUCCGCCCGCUACACCAGAUGAAGAUACCGCCGAGGAGGUACGCGACACUCCAACGAAGGCCGAUCGAUUCGAUCCAGACACUAGUGGAUCGACUGAGAAGGAGCUGGUGAUUGACGAAGAUAAGCUUCCUGAGGUAGAAGAUGAUAAAGACGCCCUGCCCUGCCGGGAAGAAACGAAAGCAUGUGAAUUAAAGGAAAACAUUCUUGAAGCUAAUGCUGCCAAUUCCAUGCCGACGGAGGUGGUGAUUCCCGUAAAGGAGGAGCAGGUGAAACCGUUGACGGUGGCAAUUCCUGCUACAACAGCGGUGAAGAAGCUUGAAGACAAUAUUGAAAAACCUGCAACGAGGAAGACUACCAGCUCCUUCCGUCCGCAAGCAUCGAGGCAUUUCGGUAUUGGAGCGAUGAGCAAGGGCCCCUCCAACAUCAGUGGUCGAAAGCAGCAGCAAUCGGCAGUUUCUUCGUCGUUAGUCGCACUUGGCAAUCGAAACGUGAUGUCAUCGUCAGCCGCUGGAGCAACAGGAGCAUUGGGGUCUUCCGCAAACUUCCGCACGCUCCAAGACAUCCCAAUGAUUUCGAUAGACUUUUGGGAAAAUUACGACCCGGCCGAGGUUAGCCGGACCGGGUUCGGGUUGAUCCUGUCCGAAUCGAUGCCGGUCCGUGCGCUGUGCUUUCUAUGCGGCAGUGCCGGACUCGAAAGUAUGCUGUUCUGUGUGUGCUGCUGCGAGCCGUACCAUCAGUACUGCGUUAAGGACGAGUACAAUCUGCGAACGGGCACGGGAACGGGAUUGGACGAUACGGGCAACAUGAGUCUGCUGGACGUUACGCUCGGUGCAUCGCCACAGCAACAACAGGAGCAGCUACUGAUAGCCCGGUACAACUGGAUGUGUCCCAGGUGUACGGUGUGUUUCAGCUGCAACAUGGCCACUGGGGCGAAGGUGAAGUGUCAAAAGUGUUCCAAGCACUAUCACACAACGUGUCUCGGUACGAGCAAGCGGUUGCAUGGCGCUGAUCGUCCACUGAUCUGUGCCGCCUGUCUGCGUUGCAAGAGCUGUGGCACAACGAACGUCACGAAGUUUAUCGGCAAUCUGCCGAUGUGCACACCCUGCUUUCGGUUGCGGCAAAAGGGGAACUACUGUCCACUGUGCCAGAAGUGUUACGAAGAUAAUGACUUUGAUCUGAAGAUGAUGGAGUGUGGUGACUGCCGCCGGUGGGUGCACGCACGGUGCGAAGGCUUAACGGACGAGCAGUACAACAUGCUCAGCGUUUUGCCAGAGAACAUCGAGUUCAUCUGCAAGAAGUGCGCCAAGCACAGUGACAGCACGGCCCAUCUAUGGCGAGAUGCAGUGGCGGCAGAGUUCAAGGCAGGUCUGCUGAGUGUGGUCAAACUGCUUAGCAAGAGUCGCCAGGCCUGUGCUCUGCUCAAGCUGAGUCCCAGGAAAAAAUCGCCCAACUGUACUUGUGGUGCCGCUGCCGGCUCAAUCAUCAACGGGAAGAACAUUUCUUUCUUUGGUGGACCAUUUGCGUCGGGAGCAGACAGCAUUACCGCUUCCGGGUUCUCUUCGUCUGCAGCGGGAUCUGCAUCAAAGAAACCGAAGCUGGACGAGGACUCGAUCUACGACUUCAGCAGUGAGAAUAGCUGUGGAAGCAGCAGCGGCAACAGCAACACCGGGACGGGUUAUGCCGUAGUUCCGGUGGCAGGCAGUGGCAACAGUUUCAACAAAUGCUACUGCUCUGCACGUUUUGCUCCGGGCAAGGGUUCACCCAGCGGAGGAGACAUCAGUCUGGUCGACAUCAAGCAGAAGAUCAACGCAAACGAGUACUACUCACUUCAGGACUUCCACUACGACAUGAACACGCUACUGCAGAUGGUAGGCUCCGAGGAGCUAACGGUGGCGUACAAGGAAUUUUUGAGCGAAACAUUCCCAUGGUUCCAGAACGAAACAAAGGCGUGUACAGAUGCGCUCGAGGAAGCGAUGUGUGGUGAGGUGGAUCAAACGGCUGGCCUCGAUCGAUAUAGCUCAUGUGCAGGAUCUGGUGGGCUCGGUGGACGGGGCGGUCUUCAGCACGGUUCGAACAACAUGUCCGGAAGCGCCUACGAAGCAAUCGGAGCCACACUGGAUCAGAAAGUACCGCAGAUCGACAUUCCACUCGAAGAGUUGACGGACUAUUUCCACGAAACGGCAGAGGAGCUGUUGGACACCCGGAGCUGUAUGUUGUGCAAGCAGCACGGCGAAGGGAUGACUCUGCACGAGUCGCGCUUGCUCUACUGCGGCCAGAACAACUGGGUGCACACAAACUGUGCCCUUUGGUCGGCGGAAGUAUUUGAGGAAAUCGAUGGCUCGCUGCAGAACGUUCAUUCGGCUGCGUCGCGCGGUCGACUGAUCAAGUGUUGCCACUGUGGCGUGAAAGGGGCGACUGUCGGGUGCAACGUGAAAAACUGCGGCGAACACUAUCACUUUCCUUGCGCACGACGCAUCGGCUGUGUGUUUAUGCUGGACAAGACAGUGUACUGUACGGCCCAUGCGGGAGACGCGAAGAAGAAGCGAUGCCCCGAAGAGCGUAACUUUGAGAUUGCACGUUCGGUGUACGUUGAGCUCGAUCGGCGGAAGAAGCGAUUCGUGGAGCCGGGCCGGGUGCAGUUCAUGAUUGGUUCGCUGAACGUGCGCCAUCUCGGACACAUCGUACCGACCUUCAGUGAUCACGCAGACGUGCUCAUACCGACGGACUUUGAGUGCACUCGGCUGUACUGGUCGGCGAAGGAACCUUGGAAGAUCGUGUCGUAUCGCAUCAAGACAUCGAUCCAGAGCACCAACUACGGCUAUGGUACCGAUCUCGGUAAGAACUUUACCGUCGAUCAUUCAUCGAACAGCAGCACGGUGCAGUGGGGUCUCACGCAGAUUGCCCGCUGGCACACGAGCCUGCAGUACGCUGACAGCCCGGAAGACGCCGAUGUGGAUCCGUUGGAGAGUGAAGCUCUGCAGCAACAUCUACUAUCGUCAAUGUCUUCAACUGCCACAACGAUGACCACUACAACGACAACGCAGUUGCUAGCUUCCUCGCGAAGCGGCGCUUCGAAGCAGCAGCAAAAUCUGCACCAGCAACUUCAAUCGCUGUGCGAAUCGAACGCUGUUUGCAACACGGGUGAAGACACGAACGACGAAGAGCCGCAAAACACGAACGAUCUACUGCCGCCGGAGAUAAAGGAUGCCAUUUUCGAGGACCUACCGCACGACAUACUGGAUGGCAUUUCGAUGCUGGACAUUUUGCCGAAGCUGAUGACCUACGAAGAUCUGCUCGCGAUGGAUCUGAAAACCGAUGCCACGUUCAACGUUGACAUCUUGAAGGAUCCAGGUAGUAUGCUGCAGGUGCACGGUAACGGUGCCGGUUCUUCCUCGUCCAACUCCGUCGCCACAACGGCCAAUAUGGGCAAUUCCUCCAAGCCCGAAGACCAUUCCGGUAUGGAUGUGGACGAUAUGGAUAGUCUGAACGAAGCAAUCGGUGGUGCAGUUGGGUCAGAGCUCAGCAAUGACAGCUGGACCAAAACGAUCGGUGCACCCGGCGUAGAGGACGCACUGCUGUCGGGAAUGGCGAAGCCACCCUCUUCCAAUGGCACCAACGUCAUGCAACACCGGGAACUGAAGCGAAGCAAAUCCGACAUUCUCGAAGUGAUUGCAGCUGUUGGACAGCAGCAACCUCGGGGUCAACGAUCCGGAAGCUUUUCUUGGAGCACGAAGCAGCUCGAAUCGACGGCGGCAGUUGUAGCGAAACGUCGCAAAAUAGCCAAAAACAACAUCAAGCUUUCGGAUGUACUUUCGUUGGGCCGCAUCAAGGAGGAUGUAACGUUCGGCGGGCCAAUGUCUACGACCACGACGACAACGACAACCACGGCGCUGGCAACAACCACCGCAUCCAGCACAACGAUUGUAAUGGAGGAUCGUCUAAAGGCGGUGCAAGAAGAGUUUUCCUGGUCGUCGAUGAAAAAGUCCACUUCCACGAGCGAUGGAGCGUCGGACAGUGGAAAUGUGUUCGAGAAGCUUAAGAUAUCGCAGCUGGAUGGUGUGGACGAUAUCUGUCUCGAUGGCACUGUGGGCGAGAUGAAAAUCUACUCGUCUCGCUCAAUGAUCGAAGCACCGGUGAAGUGUGACCGGUGCCAGGCCACGUAUCGUAACCAGGAAUCGUACCAGCGGCAUCUUAGCUCGUGCGAAGUCCUAUCCACCAGUGAAUCGGAGUCCGAAACUCGAUCCCCUCGCUUGUUGAGCCCCGAACAGCAACAACAACAACAGCAGCAACAGCAGCAAAUCAUCACCGGUCAGAUAGCUGGCACGGCGGGCAACACCUUCAUUCUGCCCCAGGCCACAUCUCAACCACAAACGAUUACGACCGACAUUUACGGUAACACAACGGGCUAUCUGACCGCUUCAUCGCAACCGACUGGCCAUCCGCAAACCAUCUCCGUAUUGCAGACCGGGCAGACGAUCAAUCUGAACGGUAAUCAGGCGAUACUGUCGAACCUGCCGACGUCGAUGCCGAUCACAAUCAAUCAACUUUCAUCGAACGGCAUUCCUAUCCAGACCUCAGCUACUGGAGCACAACAAAUCCCGAUCCAGGGUACACUGCAGGCGGGUUCCGUUGGGUUACAAAAUCUUGGCGGAAACAUGAUCAUCUCCACACCCAACGGUCAGGGGCAACUGUUCGCGACAACGAAUCAGUUUUCAAAUGCCGCGUUCCAGCAACAAGCUCAACAACAGCAACAGCAGCAAGUGCUGCAGGACAACAAUGCGCAGCAGUACCUGCAGAACAAGCAGCGCUUCAUUCAACCGGCUCCGGCCACAUCGUCAAUCACCCUUCCGCACAGUCUUGCCUCCGGAACGGGCCCAAUGACGACAACCACACUCAGUACGGCGCAAGCCCUCGGUGGUGUGUUCUCGCAGCAACCGCAGAUCAUCUCGAUUGGACCAAACGGACAACCGCAGCUAAUGACGCUUGCUGCCCCACAGCAGCAGCAAACGAUUCUGCAAAGCGGAGCCACUCAGCCGAUGACUAUGCAGCCAAGCGCGAAAAAGAUUGUAUAUACCACGGCCUCCCCGAAGAAGGUCGUUACGAAGCUGCCUCAACAGCAUCACCAGCAGCAAGGCUCGCUUAAAACGAAACGCACGGUAACAUCGAACGGCGUGUCCAAGGGAUCGAUGCAGAUGCAGAAGGCUAAGCAGCAGCAACAGCAUCAUCACCAGCAGCAGCAGGAGCAAACGAUGACACUACAUCCAACCAGCGCAAUGAUCGGCGGUCAGGCAGCAGGACAGCUGCAAACGACAAUAGCCGCCCAACCGCAGCAGCAGCAGCAGCAGCAACAGCAACAGAUACAGCUGAUCAACGCGUCCUACCCGUUGAUCCGGUCGGCAGCAACUCCGGCCGCGCCACAGCAAGCGCCCGGAAACAUCAUCUUCCAAACGCAGUCGCCCGCGAAUCAGCCAAUUCUUGUGCAGCAGGUCGGAGGCAACCAAAUCUCCUACCUCGCCGACCAAGGAACGCUGACGCACAACCCGGUACAGUACCAGCUCGCACCGGCAAACAUGCUCACCCAGAACGGAUUCGCCAUGGCCACCACCGGGACGGACGCGGGCACACUAGCGGCCGCUACGGCCAACAACAUUCUCAUCCCGAACGGUACCGGUGGGUACUCGCUCAUUCCGGCGAGCGCUUUACAGAUUGCCACCCAGCCCCAGGUCAUCGGUACGAUCGUGCAACCGCAGGCGGCCACCAUACAGUGCGGCAUGAUGGCGACGGAGCAGAUGGUGCUCGGUUCGGCGGCAGCGGCCACCGCUCAACCGACGCUCGAGAUGAUGGUGACGGAUCCGGCUUCGGGCUGCAUGUACCUCACCAGCCCCUCGAUGUACUACGGACUGGAGACGAUCGUGCAGAACACCGUGAUGUCCUCGCAGCAGUUCGUGUCCGCCACGGCGAUGCAAGGUGUGUUGAGUCAGAAUUCAAGCUUUUCCGCUACUACGACGCAAGUGUUUGCCGCUAGCAAGAUUGAACCGAUUGUCGAAAUGCCCACAGGAUACGUGGUGUUGAACAAUGAUGCCACCGGUCAGCCGAUGCAGAUUGGAACGUCCACGCCGUCCGUCGUCUCGCAGGCUCCCGCUCCGGUCCAGAUGCAAACAUCGACGGCAGGCCAAACCAUCUUCCAGCAGGCGCCACUCCAACAGACCGCUGUGGUUUCCUCCGCGCAGGGUACACUUCCGGCCACGUUGCAACCGACUCAUCAACCACUGGGAACGAGCACCAUCCAACAGCAGCAGCAGCAGCAGCACCAGCAGCAACAACAGCAGAUGUGGAAGAUAGAAGCAUCCUCUCCGUCGGCUAUCACUAUUCAACCGAGCAUAAACACCAUCGCCACCAGCUCAUCCAGUUCGACAACUUCGAUCGUGACACCGCUCAAACCGACGAUGAAAACCAUCAUACCGAAGUCACAACCGCAGCUGGUCAACAAGGUAAUGCCAAACACAGCGAUGAAGGUGUUGAGCGCCGGAGCCGAGCAGCUAACAACCAGCACGGGUAUCGUUUCUGCGUCCCAGCAGCAUAAAUCCGCCGCCGCUUACCAGUCGAUCGUCUCAUCGUCCGUUUACACGACCGCCACCGCCAUGACGACCUCUACCAAGGUGUCGAAUGUGAUCAAACCAAUAACAAAAACAACCAACUACACCAAACCGAAGAUCGUCGCAAAGCCAGUGAAACAGAAGACAUCCACAUCGCUUCUUUCGCCACCACCAUCGACACCACCGCCAACUUCCAUAUAUCAACUCUCACAGCAGCAGCCACAAUCGUUGAUGAUUUCCACACAACCCGUACCGCAACAGCAGCUACUGCAGAACAGCAUUACCCUGAUCCCGGCCACCAACAAUAUCGCGUCGGUGAACAACUCAUCCCAGCUGGUACCGAUCAAACCGAACGUAAAUGCGAAUGGACUGCAAACAAUCACGGCGAACCAGCUAACCGUGAGCGCGAUCAAACAACCUUCGAUGGUCAUAGAGAAAUUGCCUCAUCAGUCUCCCCAGCUACAGGCGUCUCCGGUUGUAUCGUCCACCAGUGCGACACCAGUCACGAACGGCAUCACGCUCAGCAACGGACCCAUGAUGAUUAUCCAGCCGACCAAUGCUACGCUAAAGAAACCGGCGCACGUAACUUCGCAGGGAGCGCACAUGAAGAAGCAGAAAACCAUGCUGCCGAUGAACCACAAUCAGAACCAGAUGAUGAGCUACGCCACGCCGCAGCAGCAAACACAGCAAGCGCAAGCGCAGCAGCAACAACCGUACCAGCAGUUGAUGAGCGUAUCUACAGCGCAACAGCAACAGCAGCUAGCUGGACUGCCUCAGCAACAACAGCAGCAACUGCAAUCCCAACCAAUUACCAUUACCCAGAGCAAGGGAGCGCUUUCCAAGAAAUCCACCAGCGCGGGACAGAUAACACUGUCCCUAGCGAACACCGGUAGCUCCAACGGUAGCGGACCAAUUCCAGUUUCGAUGCCAGCAUCCACGAUCACGAUCACACCGACUCAGCCAGCGAGCAUAACGCUUCCAACCGCUCCCUACCCGAUGCCACUCUACUCCAACAUUCCCACCAACGUGGUCAACCCGAUACAGCAGCAAACGAAUCAAAGCAUCAACCAGAACAGCAACUCCUCGUCCACCGUUCAGAACCGGCCAACCAAUCGCGUCCUGCCGAUGCAGGCCUCCGUGAUGCAGCAGAAGAAUUCCGACGUGUCCCAAACACCGCCUCCACCACCGCUGAAGAUGCUCCAGCAGCAGUGUUCGGAAAAGUUGGACGAGUUUUCAAUCAUUCCGAACAACCAUCAGGUAUCUUCGCCGUACGGUGUAUCCACGCCCGGCGCCUCCCCGAACGAUGUCGACCGGAUGAAGAUGGCGGGUAAUGAAAAGUUGCUGUCGUCCAGCAAGAGCAACAACCGGCUUGAGAUCGAGAUCAAACCGAUCGAGAUAACGCCGCUCACCUCGGCCAUGAUGACACCAACCACCACGAACGGAAGUUGCACUCCAUCUCCGCUGCCACCUCCUUCGUCGCACCAGCAAGAAUCGGUACCUUCACCGGCAGCUACGGACCAAUCCGCCAUGAUGAUGGAAAUCGAGGAGCAGCAGCAGCAGCAGCAGCAACAAGCCAACCAGCAGCAACUCCAACCUAGCUUCCAGUUCAGCCUAAGCUUCGAUGGCAAUGGCACACUGAUCCCGCUCGGAGGUGGUCCACUCGAUCAGCAGCAGCAGCAAAACGGCCCGCUAACAAUGGCGGCCCAGAUCGAAAUAAAGCCAAUCCUUUCGUCCCCUGCGUCCGGUGCGAACGAUGAGCUGCAAUCACCGCAGCCUACGCUGAUGUCGCACGACUCCAUCGAAGACGAUCGGGACACCGAAACGCAACGGAUCGACGAGCUGAAGCAUUCGCUGGAAGCGGAAACGCAGGAAAUGCUUGCCGAAGGGCACGACACCUCGCUGUGCGGAGAGAGUGGAGCUGGCGGUAGCAGUGGCGCUGCAUCGCCCAGCCUAAACGACGGAGAGUCGGACUCGCCCGAGAUUAAGGAUAAGAUAUCCGAAAUACUGGAUAAUCUCGAGCAGCAGACGAACCAGGAAGCGGAGAUGCAGAUGGAUGCGUUCGACAGUUUGCGACAAUCGAAGGACCUGCAGGAGGAUCAGCGACACCAUCGUACGCUCGAAACGGUUGCCGACUGUGCUGACGAGACGGAACGCAUCGUGGCGGAACUGAACGAAGAGUUCAAUUCGGCUGCGACAUCUCCAUCGCUCACGACCGCUGCCACCACCGUACCGAUGAUGACGCUGGAUGAGAUGCAAUCGUCGGAUAAUCUGGCCAAUCAGCAAUCGCUGCUCACGAUCGCCAAUUCCAUGUUCGAUUCGAAGAAGGAAUCGGAUGCAGCCGUCUGCUUCCGUGAUACCGUUCAAAGGUCAAACUUUGCUGGUGGAAACGGCACUGGAAACGACUUGAUCGAUAGCUCUCUCCUCCAGAGUGGUGAUGCCGAAAGUGUGCUGUUCGGGAAGAUUCGUCAACCGGAACCGUCUCCACUGUCGCAACCCUCGCCAACCGAGCACCACCAUCAGUUGCAGCUGGACGAAGAGCUACAGCAGUACACCGUGCAGCCAUCACCACCGGCAGCCACACCCAAGGCACAGUCCGUUCCACGCUCCACAAGUCCGAAGCUGCUGUACGAAAUCCAAUCUCAGGAUGGAUUCACCUACAAAUCGACCUCGAUCGCUGAGAUCUGGGACAAGCUGUUCGAAGCGGUACAGAUCGCACGACGGGCUCACGGGCUAACUGCACUGCCCGAGGGACAGCUGAAGGAGAUGGCCGGUGUUCAGAUGCUCGGUCUGAAGACCAACGCUAUCCGGUACCUGCUCGAACAGCUGCCGGGUGUGGAGAAGUGCACGCAGUACAGCCCGCUCUACCACAAGAAGCAAGCGGGUAUGGGUGGGUCUGGUGUUGGGGGGGCCGGUGGCGGACAUGGAAUGGGCAUGAAUGGAGGUUUCGCAUCGCACGGCUCGUCGGAGUAUGCGGAUUACUUUGAAGAUCUGCAGGAGAAUCCGCACGGUACGGCACGGUGCGAGCCGUACAGUUCGCGCUCGGAGUACGACAUGUUCAGCUGGUUGGCGUCCAGACACCGGAAGCAACCGAUGCCGAUCGUUGCGCAGAACAUCGACGAUACGAUCAUUCCACGACGGGGCAGUGGCAGCAAUCUGCCGAUGGCGAUGCGCUACCGCACGUUGAAGGAAUCGUCCAAGGAGUCGGUCGGUGUCUAUCGAUCACACAUACACGGUCGUGGAUUGUUCUGUAACCGCGACAUUGAAGCAGGUGAGAUGGUGAUCGAGUACGCCGGUGAGCUGAUCCGCUCGACGCUGACGGAUAAGCGCGAACGGUACUACGACAGUCGUGGCAUCGGGUGCUACAUGUUCAAGAUUGAUGAAAACUUUGUCGUCGAUGCAACGAUGCGCGGCAAUGCGGCCCGCUUCAUCAAUCAUUCGUGCGAGCCCAACUGUUACUCGAAAGUGGUCGACAUCCUAGGCCACAAGCACAUCAUCAUCUUCGCCCUGCGGCGGAUCGUGCAGGGCGAGGAGCUAACGUACGACUACAAGUUCCCGUUCGAGGAUGUCAAAAUUCCUUGCUCGUGUGGUUCGAAAAAGUGCCGCAAGUAUCUCAACUAACAUCCAGCAGCAAACCACACAAAAAACUCAGUGUCCCACUUCCCUGGUGGGAAGGACAGCCAUGAAAACCCGUAAACGGAGUCGAGAAAUUCAGCAGUCAUUCUGUGUUAAGAGUUGUAUAAAAUUUGUACAGACAGAGCAGAUCGCUGCUCCGAGCCGUCUGCGUGUGUGUGUGUGUUGUUCCAGUACAUCUCGUAUCCAGUUAUUAUUAGCCAUAGAAGCAGGAAGAACGAACGCAUGUGUAGAUGUCUGUUGCAAUGGCACACGGCGCUGUCUCUGCCGCCGUGCCACGUUUGAAUGUGCUUUCGCAGAUGGUAGGAAAGGCUUCCCCAGACUAAUGCCGUCGGGAUGACCACUCUAGCGUGUGCUCGCUAGCCAGUGCGUGUAUGUAUUUGUGUACCUUAGCAUACGUGUAGAUACUAUCUACUCUACUACUUAGCUUAAUAAGUCUUAAAAAGUGAGGUUAGAGGCCACGUUGUCCUCCCGCUUUCGUAACCUUCAAUGUGUACCAUAUUGUAGCUGUAUAUGAUAGUGAGUGUGUUUUUGUGUUUCGGUGUGUAAAACUAGACGUUUAAGUAUUUAUAUUGAAAUAGGCGUAGCGUAAGGAAAUGUUUUAAACGUUUUGCUGCGGGAGAAAUCUCUGGUAUCCGGGUUUCCGCCGGCGACCGCCACUGUGUUUGGUGGUACCAGUGUGUUUCUCCGGACCGGUGCAUUCAUGUCGCACGAAAAGCUCUUACCAGUACGAAGCAGGGGAUUUUAUUGCAAACCGAGUACAGAGAGCAGAGAGCAGCAAAGAGGAAAACAUGCAAGCGAUAGCCAUAUCAGCGUUUUUACAUUGCUAGCAACGCUGUUUCGCGCAUUCGCCGCGAAAAGUCAAAUCUUUUUAGCAUCUCGAGAACUUUUAAACAAAAUGGGACGCAUUUUUUAAAUCAACCAUCCCAAGACCCUGUGAGGAACUGUGUGUGUCGGUAUUGUUGUGCGGGUAACUGUUGCGCUCCAUAGGAAAGGCUCAAAGGCAGUGUGGCGAAGACGGCGAUCCAAUAUCGGCAAUUUGUGUACAAAACAAGGCGAGGUUACAAUAACACACACCACUAUACUAGCUGUAACAAUUGCAGGGACAAUAGGAUGCAAUCUACGUACACAUGCAUACCUAGGAUGGGAGACAGCACAGUGGGACAGAACACAGGACAUAAAUCGAAUACAUAUUUGUGUGAGGCGCAACGAACCGGCACAUUUUAGAAAACCAUCACCAACCACGGGAACAUCGUGCUUUGAUUUUACGGCGCAGACCAGUGCUGCUUGACACACUGUACUACUAUUAUCGCACCACAUGUGGAAGACAGCAAACAGCAAGAAGCAUCACAACUAAUUUUAUCCUAUUUAAAUCAAACUGAAUGAUAAGAAAUUCUAAUUGAAAACAAGAAGAAAUUAGGCAAAAACCAAAAAAUAAAACAAACGUAACUCACAUCAAUACACCACACUUAAUACAAGCGCCGGGGUGAAGCAUCCUCUUUGAAAAAAAACUGAUCUUGCCAUUUCGUUGUGAAACAAAUCAACCUAGAAAUGAUAGUGUUAAGUGAAAGUGCGCGAAACGGAAGCACCGGGCAAGCAUCUGAUGGAAAGCAUUAAAUGUUUCACCCAAACAGUAAUACAGCCGCCGGAGGAAGAUGCGUUGCCACGGGAACAAGAAUUGAACUUAGUAAAGUGUUUUAUGGAUGGUUUCUGAUGAUUUCAACACGGAUCGUUAAAAUUAAACUCGAUGGCCGAUGGACACCAAAAGGACUUUUACACAUCUAGUUUUCUGGAGGUAAACUUUCAAUAGUAAAGCAAAGGAAAACCAGAUGGAACAAAAAGUAAGAGAGAAACAAAUCAAACACACACGAGGCAUGAGUGAGUUUGUAAAGAGAAAGAGAAAGAGAGGGAGAGAGCAAGAGCAACAUGCGAGCUCCAGGAAAAACAAGUACUCAAAAGGAACAGAAAAUGGAUGAAAAUAAUCAACAAGGCAACAAAUGGUGAAAGUGAAAACAAAUGUGAUACUAACGGGAAAAAGAAACUAUUGCGACAAGUAAAUUAAUUUAAUCUUAGUCUUAGGCUCAGUUAGGCAAACCAACGUUUAAAAGCGUAGCAGAAGACGAAGCAGUGGAAGGAAAGAUAAGCAAAAAAAAAAGAAGCCCAUUACCCCGUGCUGGGGAAGGCACACCCCCAUCAUAGCAACCAUAGCAGAACCAUCCCUAUUGUAAUCGUGUAACAGACAGAAUAGCAAAAUCAUUCGGGCGAAACGGUGUUUUAAAACAAUGCAUGCUCAUUAUCGUCGCAAGCUCAUUUUGAACAAAACAGUUUCCCUCGGCAGUUUCUUUUUUGCAAACAGUCUACCUUUUAACUCAGUUUCUGUUUCUUACCAGUGUUAAAGAUUCGCGGAUUCGCUGUGAAUAAAAGGGUUGUUUCUGUUUCGACGUUCUGCUACUUCUGCUGCUACUAACAAUCUCCACAUUUCAUGGCAGACGGUCGCGCUCGCUGUUUACACAUAGAUAGGCAAAAGAAGAGGAGGGAAAAUGAGGGAAAACACAUAGACCGCAACAGACACAUAGCAAGCAGGUUUAUGCGCCUGAUAGGGCAAACAGGCAAAGGCAACUAAAAUAAAAUUGGACGAAUAUAGAAAAUAAUCCGAAUCGGGCGCCGAAUGUGUGUACCAUACGCGUAAGUUUAAGUUUGGAGUAAUCAUUUCUUUCUGAAGUAUUAUUAUAUGUUGGGAUAAAAUAAAAGUAUAAUGAACACAUGGAAACAAUUAAA